AUGAGUACUUUAAAUAUAAAAACUGAAGCUUAAAGAGCGUAAUCUGCAUAAGUUGCAAUGGUCAGGGCACAAUCUGCUAAAAACUAAAGGGCAGGCUUAAUGAGUGCUCAUCCUAAAAUGGUUGGCAAAAGCUAAUUUAAAAAAGAAAAUACAAAACAAUAAAUGCAUAAUAAUUGGAUGAAAGAUGAUGAUUUAAGCAGCGAUGAUGAUAAUAUGGAUAUAUUUGGAAAUCAUUCAAAGGUAAAUGCUAAAAAUAUAUCUCGUAAUAUUCGCUCUGCUUAGAGCAAUGCUCGUCCAAAUACUGCAUCGACAGCUGCAUCUAAAUUAAAUGUAAAAACCCUUAAAAAUAUUACAAAUUAGCAAUGCUUUGAAAUAACUCCAACAGAAAUAUACUUCGAUAACAUAGAAAUCAAUUAGCCUUAUUAAACUAUUCUUUAUGUUCAAAAUUUAAGCAAAAUUCCAAAGAAAGUGAGAGUUUAUUAACCUAAGACUAAAAAAUUCUGGGUUGAUUUCGAUUCUUCUUAAUCUCUUGCAGCUGGUAUUUGUGGAAAAUUAUACAUAAAUUUUGAAACUAAUGUUUUAGAAGAUUUUGCUGAUGAGGUUGAAAUUGAAUAUGAAGAUGAAGGGAAAAAAUAAAAAAUAGUUGUACCUAUUUUUGCAAAGAAACCUCAUCCGACAAUUAUAUAUCAAGAUUUUAUAAAUAUGGGAUUUGUUCGUAUUCAUCGUGAUGUUUAAAGGACUUUAGUUUUUGAAAAUAAAGGUAAAAUGCCAGGAAGAGUAAGAUUAAUUUUUGACCACAUUAAAAGCAUUAAAAUGGAGCCUUCUGUGUUUGUCAUAUAGCCAUAACUAUCUCAGCAAGUAAAACUAACCUACAACUAAAAGGAUUCAGGAAUCUUUAGAGGUUAAAUUGAAGUAUAAGUUGAUGGUAAGUAGAAUUCAGGUUAUAUAGAUAUAAGUGCGACUUGUGUGGACUAUAACAAAAUGAUUUUAGAUGAAAAUAAUGCACAAACUAGCAGCUUUGACUUUGGCGAAAUAUACUAUGGAUAAUCGAAGCAGCAAAUAGGAUAUCUCUAUAAUAAUAGUCCUAAACCAUAAAAAUUUAAAGUUUAAAUGAAAUUGGGUAUUUUCAACCCAAAUGAUGAAACUGUUUCACUUUAAACUCCUGCAGAUUAAGGAAAAGAAAUAACAGAUCAAAUAAUGUCAGUAUUCCCAUCUUAAGGCGAAAUAAAACCUUACUCAAAUGUUCAACUUGCUUUCAAUUGUAAUUCUGUUGUUACUUUUGAGCAUUAAGUAUUGGCUAGAAAAUAUGCUCUAAGCACUAAUGAUAUCUAAAUGAAGGCUUAAGAAUAUUAAUAUUCAGCACUUUUUAAGUUUAAGGAUGAUGAUCCUAAAGAAGAGCCUAUUGUAGUUUCGCUGACAGUUAAAGGCACUUAUCCUUUGCUAAAGUUAAGUAAAUAAAUUCUUAAAUUUGGAGAAUGUAAUGCAAAUGAUCAUAGAGAGAGCUUGCUAGAUUUAGAAAAUAGACACUCUAAACUACCUAUUGAUGUAGUCGUAGAAAGAACUCCUUGUUUUAAUAUAGAUCCUAUGCAAAUCUCUUUAAUACCUAAUUAAAGAUCUACUGUAAAAGUGAGCUUUACACCUAAUAAUGUUGGGUAGUUUUCUAAAGAUAUUAUUUUUUCUUUGUUAAACGGACUUUAUCAAAUACCUCUUAAAGUUACAGGGUAGUCAUAAAAAUUUGACCAAAAGAAAAAAAAAGAAAGAGGACCCGAGUGUGGAAUAGAAGACUUUUAAACAAAAGAUUAGUAUUUAGAUGCAGCAAUUAAUAAAAAUAUUUAUGAUAAAAAAAUGGGAGUUGGAAAAAGAACUUUUUAAGCGUCUACAGAGGUUAAAUUACCUAAAGGUUUAGAGGGAGAGAAAGAUGUUGACAUAAAUAAGCUAGCAGAAAUUCAAAAAGAUAAAGAAAAUAAAAAGAAAUAUGAUGGUGUAUUAGAAUAAAGCAGAUAAUCUAGAAUUUAAAAAGAAAAAUAAAAAAUAAUUGAUCUUAGAUAUCACUAAAUGUUUGAUAAGUUAAAAGCCAAAGGUUUAGUAGAUUAGCCAGAUGAUGAAGUUAGCAUAGGGCCAGUCGACAAUAAAGAUUAAAUUGUAAGAGGAGAUCCUAAGAUUGGUGCUCCAGUUGAUUUAGAAUUUGAGCUUGGUAUGAUGGAUCCUAAAAUAGAACCUCCUAUGCUUGAUCUUCCUCCUUCAAAGGAUCCUUUAUUUGUUUUAAAACCCAUUGGAGAUUAUGAUCCUAUUUAAGAUUAAAUUAAAAAAGUGUUUGAUCCUAAUCCGGAUGCAAUCAUAAAAAAGCUCUUGCCAGAAAAAGCAGUUGAUCACAAAGAUGUCAAAGGAGUUCAUAAAGAAUUAACUGGAUAAGAGCUUAAAUGCAUACAGUCUGGGCCAACAGUCAUUGAUUUUGGUGAGGUCUACGUAAAUUCAAGAGUGUAAAAGACUUUUUCAGUAAAAAAUGAUUUAAGAGAUGCAAUCAGAGUUUAGCUCAAAACAAAUGUACCUGAACUUAGAGAGUCUUUUUAGAGACCUUAAAUCUUAAAAUCAAGUGAAACAGCUAGAUUUGCCAUAGUAUUAUUUUCUGAAGAUGUUGAUGAAGAAUUUAAAGCCAGGAUCUAAUAUACCAUAAAUUAUAGACAUCAAUACGAAUUUGAGAUAAGAGCUAAAAUUACUUAAGUCUCUUUAAAAUUAAACAAGACAUAAAUAAAAUUCGCAUUUUAAGAUAAUAAUAAUGGAAUGGAAACAUCAGAAACUGUUUUGGUUGAGAAUAAUGGUAAUGCCCCAGGUCACUUUAAGUGGGAUACUUCCUCAAAAAUCUUUUCUAUUUACCCUUCAGAAGGUGAUUGUCCAGCAAAAGGAAAUAUUCCUAUCACUAUCACAUAUAGGCCUUCCCCUGGAACAAGCACAAGAGAAACAGGUACAAGGUAUGAAGAAGAUAAAUUACUACUUUAUGUAACAAACGGAAUGAAUUAAGUACUUAAAUGUGUUGGUGUUGUCAACGAAGCUAAAUGUGUAAUUAAAUAGAGUAGUAUGGAGCUUAAUUAAGUCUUAGUUUGCAAAGAAGAAGUGAGGUCCUUUACUGUUAAAAAUACAUCAAGAAUAGCAGCUAUUUAUCGAAUUUUAACAGAAUAUUUGCCUGAAAAUCUUAUAAUCACAAGCUAAACAUCAGGUAGAAUACCCUCUGAUGGAUCUAUUGAAGUUGGGGUGAAAUAUUUAUGCAAUACAGAAUGCAAAGUUGAAAGUGAUAUUAAAAUACUGAUAAGAGGAGGAAAGAUAUUAAAAUUACCAUUUUCUGUAGAAACUAUCAUACCUAAAGUUUAUAUUCGUGAAUCAGCAUUUAACUUUGGAAAAAUAACAGCGCUUGGAAAUCAAGGAGAGAAAGAAAUGAAUUUAGUAAAUGAAAGCGCAAUCGAGGCCUAUUUAGUUCUUGAUUUGAGGACUGAAGAUGAAAACCCAGAUGCCCCUGAUGGUAUAGACUGCUUAACUAUUGUGUCUUUAGAUAAAUUAGAAGAAAGUAUAUUGAAAUAAGUGCCUAUUGAUUACACAGAUGAUAACUAAGAUAAACACGAUUAGGAUGAUGAAGAUAUGUCCACAUUAUCAGAUGAGGAUAAACACGAUAUGCAUAAUAAAGUUUCUAAGCUUUAUAAUAUCACAAUUAAACCUCAACAGACUUUGCGUUUCAAACUUACAUUUUAGCCAAAAGCUGUACGAGAUUAUGAAUUUGAAAUACCAUUUACUCUCCAAAAAUAUGGAAAAAUAGAUAGUCUCACAAGAUCAGUUUCGUGCAAAGGAAUGAAACCAAAGUUUUUAGUUGAUCCUCAAGUGGUAGAAUUCCCAAGAAAAAUUAUUACUUCUAUAGAGCACUAAUUUCCUAUAAAUUCUGAAAUUAUCCUUUCAAACCCAGAAAAGAGAUCAAUAAGCUGGAGGCUGGAUACUUCAAUUUUAGAAAAAGAUAAAAUAUUUACUAUUCAUCCUACUCAGGGAAGAGUUGACCCUGGUUAAACUCUGAGAAUAAAAUCAAGUUUUAAUCCUAGCUAUCCAAAUAAUUAUGAAAAACUUGUACCUCUAUAUAUAGAUGAUCCAGAUAUUCCAGCUGAUUAACCAUGCUGCUACAUCACACUUAAAGGUGUUGCAGCUUAUCCUAAACUUCUUUUCGAUAGAAGAGAAGUCUUAAUGCCUGUCGUGCCUCUAAAUGUAGAAUCAAGAUGCAUAUUCUACAUAAUUAAUGAUGGAUAUGACAACUUAAAAAUUAAACAUAAAAUUUUAGAAGAAUUGGGAUAAAUUGACAUCAAAUGUAAUUUUCCAAAUGGCAUUCUAAUGGGAAUGACUCAUACAAAGUUGAAAGUUGAAAUAAUAUUCUCUUCAAAGAAGCCUAUUUCAUUUACAACUAAAAUAGAAUUUAAAGACAAUAAUAGCAAUUCAUACAUCAUUCCUGUUUCAGGCACAGCAGAUAACUGCUUAUUUACUAAUUUUUCUUUCAUUUAAAGAAAUAAAGGAGGGUAUGCAAUAAGAUCAGACAGCGAAAAAUCUGCUUUGUAAAUUCUCGAAGAAAAGGACAGCGAUGGAGAAGAUGAUGUAAGUGUUGAAAUACAAUCUAAGGGAACAAGCAAUUAAAUUUAAAAGAAAAGAUCUUCCAUCCUAUCUAACCAAACAAUUUCUACUAGAAUAUCGAUUCCUUCAGGCUAAGGCUAUACUUUAAUCCCGAAAGAUAUGAUUGAAAGUAGUAGAGAGUUUAUAAGAUAAUGGCUAAACUAUUACGUCCUACCAAAUUAAAUUUAAAGUUUUCCAGAAACUAUUGUUGACGAUAAUGGUGAUUAACUCAUUGAGUUAGUGAAUUUUUGUAGUGGUAAAAGCAUUUCAAAUUUAAAAUGUGAUUUGUAAAAUGGAAUGAAAAGAGCUGAGAAAUCAAUAUUACUCUUCAAACAAUAUGAUGAAAUCAUUAGAUACCUUAAGGCAGAAGGAGCUCUGCUAAACCAUAUUAGACCAUAAUAUCUAUUAAGCUAUAACGAUUAUCACUCAUACAUUAAGCAGCUACCUAAAGAAUAAAAUAGUCAUGUAGCUCCAUAAUAUCUGAAAAUUCAUCCAAAAAUUUAUCAAUAUAUUCAUUUUGAUUGUUGGAUCAAUCUCUUUUAUCAAAUCAUCAAAUGCUACUAUCUAGCAAAAGUUAAUUCUAAAAUUAUCAAAAAUAUUCCUAACGCUUUGCCAGAAAAAUUAACUUUACCUGAUUUUUACAUAAAUGGAUCAAAUAUAUAUUCUGAUAAAGAAGGAAUUUUAAUUAGAUGGCUUGAGUUAUGCAGCGAUGUAGUUCUAGGAAAUUUAAUUAGUGGAAAUCCAGGUAAAAGAAUUAGGAAUCUAGAAACAGAUUUGCAGGAUGGCAAUGUCAUUUCCUAUUUACUUUAGAAUUACGUAGGAACUAGCUGUGCUAAUCUUUUCAAUUUUAUGAAACCGGAGUGUGCAAGCGAAGAAGAAGUGUAUUAAAAUUGUGAGAAAUUAGCAGCAGCUUUCUAAGAAUUAAAAAUAUAAACGCAAUAUAAUCCUAUUGAUUUAGCUAGGCCUAAUGCUAGAGAAAUUUUAUUAUUUUUAAUCUAGCUCUAUUCAACACUCCCUUUCUAUAUCCCUAAAUAAGCUCCACUAAUAUUUAGCUGCAUUUUAGGCGAAGAUAUUGUUAAAACGAUUGAAAUUACGAAUCCUACACAAAAGCCGAUUAGUUACUGGGUUAAAUAUGAAGGAAGUCCAGAUUUUUCACUAGAAUCAGAAGAUAAUUUUAGAGUAGAACCUAAAGGUGUUUAUAAAUAUAAAAUCAAAUUUACAUCUAGAGUAUCAAACACACAAACAGGAAGAAUUACAUUUACAAAUAAAAAAGAAAGUACUACUAUUGCUUCAGCUAUUGUAUUUGAUUUAAAGAGCUAAAUUACUGGCAGAGUGAGUUAAUAAAUAUGGAAUGUUGAAUGUUCUAUGUACGAAUGCAAAGAAUUUUCUAUAGCAGUAUAAAACAAAUUUUUAAACCAUGAAUAUGGUGACUUUAUGGUUUCGAUUAUGCAUGAAUAUGAAAUUAAAAAGCCUGAAGAAAAAAAAGAAGAAGAGCCAAAAGAAACAAAAAAGAAAAAAACAGUCUCAUAAACAUUUUAAAUGUCUAACAAUAAAAAAGGGAAAAAGAAAUAGUCUGAAGAGGAAGAUCCUUUAGCUUUACCAGAAGUAGAAAAACUUAAUUUUCCUUGCUUUUUCUGUAAAACGGAAAGAGUCAAACUUAAAAGAGGUGCUACUUUUAACUUAUAAAUGGCAUUUAUUCCUAUAAUAUAUGAAAACCAAAAAUGUUAUGUAAUAUUUAAUGAUCCUAAAGUGGGAGAAUUUUAGCAUGAAAUAAGAGGAAGAGUGGAUAUGCCUGAAGAAAUCAUAGAAAUUCCUAAUGAUAAGCUUUAAAUUUCCCCUGUUAUAGUAGACAAUCUAACUAGCUGGAAUAUUCCUUUGACAUUUAAUAAUGAAAAUUUAAAAAAUGCAAGAAAAUAUUUAGAGCAGUGGCUUGUAGAAAAACCUAAAUUCUAAAAGGUGGCAAUAAAUCCUCCUACACCUUAGCUUACUGUUAAAAAGAUUUAUUAAAUGCUAUCACCACGCAUACUUGGAUAUGAUGUCGAAAUAGAGUAACCUCCAGCUAAUGCAAUAACCGUUCCUAAAUUAAUCAAGCUCCUUAAUCCUCAUUACAAAGCACCUCCAGCACCAACACCUUUGCCUUAAGAAGCCCAAGCUCAAUCUAAAAAUGAUAAUAAAUUAAAAAGUUAGAAAAAUGCUGUUAAUAAGGAUAAUAAAGAGAAAGAUGAAAAGAAAUCUCAAUAAUCAAACAACACUGAAAAGAAUAAAGUUGUCUCAGUAGACUAAUCUUAAUCAUUAGAUUCAAAUAAUAUGGAUUCAUAACAAGCUACUAGCUUAUCUAACGUACCAGCAGAACCAGAAACAAACCAUUUACCACUUAACUUUUUCUUCAAAAACCCCUUUAAAGACUAUAUAUCAAAUAUUGUGAUAAAAAACUAAUAAAAAACUGAUGUUAGGAGGUUCAAAGUUGUUGUCACAGCACUUCCGAAAGCAGUUAAAGCAACCUUAGAAAUGACUGCUCCUGCAAGAGAAUGUGUGAUGCAAGAAAUACCAAUAAUUAACAACACAGAAAAAGAUUGGUAACUGAAGAUAAAUUUAGUCUAAAAUAAUGAAUAGAAAUACUUCUUCAUAAACUAAAUGCCAAAAGAUGGUUAAGAACGUCCCCAGUCUUUGAGAGAUUUUAUAGUAAAAAGAAAAACAACUGGAAAUAUACCAGUUUGUUUCUUCCCUGAAUGGAUAUGUAAUGUUGAAGCCACAUUACAGAUAUAGAAUCCAUUGACUUAAGAUUAAUUUGAUUACAGCUUAAAAGGUAUAGGUGAAGAACCUUUAGCGAUUGAUCAUAUUAUUAUAACUUCUCAGAGUAGAGUUACAACUCAAAGAGAAAUUAUGCUCAAUAAUCCUACAGAAUAACCUAUAACCUAUAUCGUAGAGACAGAUCUCCUCGGUGCUGCUGGUUAAGCUUCUAUUACAGUACCUCCAAAAAAGAAAAUACCAUACAUACUAUAAAUUCAUCCUGUUAUGAGUGGGUAAUACACUGGUUCUAUUACUUUUACUAAAGCUGAUGGAACUUAUAUAUGGUGGACAGUACUUUUAAAUACAGAAAGUCCUCCUGCAGAUAGGAUUAUUGAUCUUGCCACAAAUAUACGUAAACCAUUAGCAUUUGAUAUAGACUUGUCGAACCCAACUGAUGAUGUUGUAACGUUCGAAGUUGUAUUUGAAGGUGAAGGACUGCUCGGUGAUUAGUUCUUUAACGUAUAUCCAAAAUAAAUGUAUAAGUAUGAAUUGUUUUAUAUGCCACUAAAACCUGGAAAAUAAAAAGGUUCUGUUGCAUUUUUAAGUGAAAAACUUGGAGAAAUUUGGUACGAACUCAAUUUGCAAGCUGAUGAUUCAGGUGUAGUCAGGUUACCGAUUUUGAAAUGUGAGUUAGGCAAGAUAGAAUAGCAUGAAGUAAUUCUGGAAAAUCCCUCUAAUGAAGAUGUAAAGGUUAAGGUAAAGAUUUCUAACCCAUAAAACUUCGAAGUUUAUCCUGAAAACAUAGUUAUUCCUUCUUAUGAUUAAAUCUCAGCUUACAUAAAAUACAGACCAAGCUAGUUAGAUAAACCAUAAACUUCUGAAGUUAUCUUUGAGACAGAAAAUAUAGGAAAAUGGGUUUAUACUCUAUUCGGUUAAGGUCUUCCUCCUACAAAUUUCGACACCAAAAUCAUCACGAUUGGCUUGAACAAAGACUAUUCAAGUGUUUUAAAUUUUAAGAAUCCUUUCAAAGACCCAGUUUAAGUUCGUAUUUUCAUAGAUACUAAAGAUGUAAAAGUUUUAGAUGUGAUCAAAUUGCUAAAGAGAGGAAAAGAAAAUUAUGUGAUUAUUCCUCCUUUGACUGUACAUUAAAUUCCAUUUAGUUUCACUCCAAAAGAAAUAAGAUUUUAUGAUUGUGAUGUUGUAGUCGCAAUGAAUGACAAAAUAUAAUGGAGAUUCCCUAUUCAUGCAAUCACAGAGUCUUUAAACAGUGGAGUAAUCCAAAACUUCAAAACAAAAUGUAGAGUGCAGACUAAUUAAUAAUUCUCACUUAAUUUACCUGGAAUUUCAGAUAUGUUCAACAAAGAAGAUAAAUAUACAUUCUAAAUCAAAGAUAUUCCUGAAGAAUUUAAGAAACUAAUAGAUAGAUCUUUAAAAAUCAAAAUAACUAAAAAUACUCUAAAUAGUCCAGACGAUUUCUUGUCUUUUGAUGUUAGCUUUAAACCUUACAAGCCUUUCAAGUGCAUAGUCGAUUUCUUAGUUUUGAGAGAAAACGGAGGGCUUUGGAAAUUCAAAAUCUCAUUGGAGGCUACUGUUCCUAAUGAAGAUGAUAUUAUCAUUCUUAGUGCACCUAUUGGUGAAAAAGAUAGUGUUAGUUUUAAAAUAAUGAAUAGAUUUAAAUCAUUUGCAACUUUCCAUUCUCACUUUACUUAAGAAUCAGAUGUUGAAUUUUCAGUAACUCCUAUGACAGGUUUAUUAGAACCAGCAGGAGGUAAAAACCCAACACAAUUUAUAAUUACAUUUACUCCUCUUGAGUAUGGUAAAGUUCGUUAAGCAAAGCUUAUUAUAGAAACAGAUGAAAUGUAUUGGUCUUAUGUUAUAAAAGGAGUUCUUCCAAAAUACAUCCCACCUCAAAUUCAAGAAAGUAGAUUUAAUUAUAAACCAAAUUACAGCUAUUUGUAGGAAUUAAAUAGAAGAUCUACAGAGAAAAAGAAUUUCAUUUCUACAAACAUUAAAAAUUAAUCUAUGAUAUCACCUUCAGUAAAAUCUGUCAAAACUAAAUUUAAAAAUACUUCUGUUUCUAAAGGAUAUUUCAAUUAUGUUCCUUCUUUGGCAGGUGGAGAAGGCGACAAUUAAACUGUUGUUUCUUAUGUAACUAGUAAUUAUCCUAAUAAUGCCUAAAAAGUAUUUAGAGUUCAGCCUGCUAAAAGUGUAAAAAGUGUUAAAUCUAUUAAGUCGAUUACUAAAAAUGAGAGUCAAUUUUCUAAUAAUAAUUGA